AUGCCGGCCCACCAAAUCCGCCCCGCCCGCGUAGAUGACGUUGAUGACAUCCUGCGCUUGAUAAUCGAGCUGGCGACGUUCGAGAAAGAGCCCGAAUCGGUGGUUGCCACGCCUGAGCUCCUACGAAAAAACCUCUUCGAAACACCUUACGCCCACGCGCUGCUUGCGUUUGCGGAAGACAACCCGCGACCCGUUGGCCUCGCGUUAUAUUUCUUCAACUACUCGACGUGCGUCAAAGCCGCUUUCUUAGAAUUCAUUCUGAUUUCUUCAGAUGGACUGGCCGUCCUGGACUAUAUGCACCUUGAAGACCUCUACGUCACCCCCGAGAGUCGUGGCUCAGGCCUUGGUAAAGCGCUGUUCGCAGAACUCGGCAAAAUCGCACAAGAAAAGAACUGCGCGCGGCUUGACUGGUCCGUUCUCAAGUGGAACCAGCCAGCAAUCGACUUUUACGAAAAGGCGCUCAAGGCGAAGCCGAUGUCAGAGUGGAUGGGGAUGAGGUUGGAGGAAGGCGGUAUUGAGGAUCUGAAAGAAUUGGGGGCCUGA